GUGCGCAGCGGCUGUUGGCAUCUCCUGAGGGACUUUCUCUUUGAAGAAAAAGUGAAAGUAGAGCCGUUUAUUUCUACACACUGUGGUUCUUUAGUGAGAACUUCAUCCAGGCCAAGUUAUUUCGACUCGUUUCGUAAAUCAAGAUGUUUCAGAAUGAGACGUCUUCUAUUUUGGACGGCUGUGGCAAUCCUAGUUAGAAGAGUGCAGCAUCCAGUUUCCGCGGCAGCUGUGGCAGCACCUGGUGGUAAUGCCACCCUGGAGUGCUCUUUCUCUACCAGCAAAAGCCUCAAUCUAACAAACCUCAUCAUUAACUGGCAGCACGGAGAGACGGUGGUCCACAGCUUUUAUCUUGGCCAAGACCAGCUAGACAGGCAGGGACAGGCUUACAGAGGGCGGACACAUCUGUUUAAGGACCAGUUACUGGAAGGAAAUGCAUCGCUGAGGUUAAUCAGGAUGCAGCCAGACGACGAGGGAGAGUACACCUGCUACGUCAACAACGAGCAGGAUAGUACAACCAGAAGGCUAAAGGUCAUAUUGGCCGCACUCUUUGAUGAACCCCUCCUGUCGUUGCAGCCUACAUGUGACAGCAUCAAUAUCACCGCCACCUUGUCCAAUGGUUUUCCUCAGCCUGAAAUCAGAUGGCUUGACUCCUCUGGUAGAGACAUACUUCAGACAUCCUCUGUUCAGCUGGACACCAGGGGGCGCUAUUCGGUGUCUAGCACCAUCAGCUUCAGGCUAAAUGCCAUAGAGACAAUCACCAUGGAAAUGAAGUUAGAAGCUCUGAAUCAGAGCUUCACUCAUUCGCUGCUCUUACACCCCCCUCCAGACCAUUGCCAAGAAUGCUGUUCGACGCCCUUCACUUCACGGAAUAGGACGGCCAUGGCAACAGUGGUUACUCUCUUUGUUACUGUCUUAAUUUUGAUGUUCGCUGUAAAGAAAUGGAAAUCAUCUCAUGGCCAACGAGAGGGUCAAGCGACUACGUGACUAAGCUUUUCCCAGAUCAAAUGUAAACCAACACAUGUUAUGUAUCAUGGAUGUAGUUAAUCUCCUUAUACUCUCUUUACUGUCUUAUCGAGAGUAAAAUCCUGUUGUUACAGCAGUAUCGUUAUCUCUGAUCAUGCCACCAUAUCUGUGGCACUUAUUUUUCCAGACAAGCCCUUUACUUCAAAAUUGUGGAGUCUCAUUUCCCUCUUGCUUUCAGAAAGUUUUUUUACACAGCACCUUGCUGACAAUACUCAAAUAUUUUUUAGCCUCAAUAAUACUCCAUAUGUCUCCCUCUCUACUGUUUGGGAAGCUUUAAAGGCAGUGAUUUUAGGUCAGACUAUUUCUUUUUUCUUUUUAUUGUAUUUUUUCCAGGGGAGACAUUCAAAAGCAUGCAAUGACAACAUAAAAUUCCAUGCACAUGUUAAUUUCCAAUUAUAUAUAUCCUUUCAUACACCUUGUGAUCUAUAUCUCUCCAUCUUUUUUAUUCUUUAAAAAAUCUUUUUUUCCCCCUUCUUUUUGACAUUCUGUACAAAUAAAUAAAUAACUAUAUACAUUAAAACCUGAGGAGAUGCU